CACUCCGUGACUCCAGGUUGAUCUGAUCGCUCCGGCUUGCUCCAUCCCACUGGGCUUGUCUCGAUCUUUCUUCUUCUCUGCCUCAUGCGAUUCUCCCGGUGACACUCAUCUGCCUUCUAGGGAAGUGAAGCUGCCCACACUCUCUAGAAGCCAUCAAUCAUGACUUCCCAGCUCCGCAGCGUAUCUUCUCCACCCUCCAACGUUAUGAUCGGCUCUCAUUGCCGCGCCUUAAAUUCUACUCGCGUCUCUCGGACCGUCAACUUCGCCAUGGUCUCGCCGCCAUGAUCCAACACCACUUGGUGUACCAUUACACCUCCUACGACGAUGGUGUCACCUACUACCAGCCCAAUCUGCAGGCUGCGUACUAUCUCGUCCGGUCCGGAAAGAUUCUGGAGUUUAUCCAAGAACGGCUGGGAAAGUAUGCGGCUACCCUUAUGGCGACCAUAAUGUUCCUCGGACACGCCCAGGUGGGCUACCUCGAGACUCUCCCCGAACUGCAACCGGAACCGCUGAAAACAAAUGGCAUGAAAGAAGAAGACGAGGGAGAAGAGACCGAAGAUCUAAUAAACGGGCACGAUGAGCAUGCUUCCGAACAACCCGCGCUGCUGCAUCCCACGCUGAAAGCACUUGCUUCCCAUGGAUAUAUCUUUCGUGUCCGAGACGCACAAUUCCAAAGCCACGCUGACAAUGCCUUGGAUGCUGAACGUGCGAUAAAAUCGCGACCAGAUGUCAAGCAGCUGAAGGGGAAGAAGCUCGACGAAACGGUACUAGAAGGGACUGUUACUCUCUUAAAGGAAAGGCUUGAUGGGGACCUCACUCGUGGGUUGAUGCACAACGGAUUGCCACGGGGCGCCAAACGGAGGCAUGUAAAUGGGUCCACGGAUUCGCUAAACAAGAGGUCACGAGUGGACUACGCUGCCGACGACGAAGAUGAGGAAGAAGAGGAGAACGAGUGGUCGGAUGACGACAUGGGUGGUGAUACAACUCCUAUGGAGUUGGGCAUGGUCGUUCGGGUGAAUUAUGAGAAACUCGAUGUUGCCCUCCGGAAUCGACGGUUUUUAGACCUUGCGGAACUAAACUCAUCGCCAGCAACCACGCAUGUCUAUGAGUGCCUCCUCCGCCGUAUAGAAUACCAAACCAAGCAAUGCCGCGAUAGCGCCGAGAUACCCCGCGAAGGAGAGGAGGGCGAGCAAUACUCUGUCCCGAUCGCUCUUAGUGUUUUGACAGAAGAGGUUGACCCGCAACUGGAUCUCACUGGCUCCAUAGGUCCCAUGGAGAUUUCGCAGCCCGUCAACAGACGUGGAAAGAGGCCCUUGGAGGACAGUGUCAAUGGAACCGACCGUGAAGGAGCAGAUGCCCCCAGUCGCACUUAUGAGAUUGACCAACAUCUUUCCCUGCUCUCCCAACCCCCCUAUAACCUAACCUCCAAGCGCGUGCUCUCAGGCCUCAUUGCCUGGACUGUUGAGUUUCGACACCUGGCACGCAAGCUUCGCCAUCUAGAAUUGGAACGGAUGAUCGAAGCCCGAUACGGCGAUGUCGCAUUACGGGUCAUCCGUGUACUCCACGCGAAGGGCAAACUCGACGAGAAGCGCUUACAAGAAAUUAGUCUUCUCCCCUUCAAAGAUCUGCGCCAGGUUCUUGCCAGCAUGCAGGCUGGCGGGUUCGUUGAUUUACAGGAAGUUCCCCGAGACGCACAGCGACAGCCCUCACGCACGAUCUACCUCUGGUUCUACGAUCCGGACCGUAUCCGAAACAGCAUUCUGGAGGACACAUAUAAAGCUAUGUCUCGGUGUCUACAACGCCUGCGGUUUGAACGGAACCGGCUUAAGGAAUUCCUGGAGAAGACGGAGCGUAGUGAUGUCAAGGGCAAUGAGGAACGGUAUCUGUCCCAGGCAGAGUUGACCCUGCUGGACCAGUGGAAAGCCAAAGAGGCCUUGUUACUUGGGGAAGUGGCCCGGUUGGAUGAAAUGGUUGCGGUCAUGCGAGACUACUGAAGAGUCCCUAUCCCUCAUAUGGGUGGGUGAUGAUGUUGAAGACGCCCCCACCAGCACCCCCACCCCCAUCCCAAGCAUUCUUCUAGCAUGUCCCUCCCUUACUUGCCCAUCUACAGUCAGCAUUUGAAUCCUCGGCUGAGUUUCGACUUGAAUGCAUACCAGCAACACGGAAGUGACAUUCAUACCCAAUUUUAGUUCAUAAUGAGACCGAUAAGUGGCGAUCUAGAUGUAGUAAGUAAUAGUAUUAAAAGAGGAACGAUCCUCUGGACGGAGGUGUAAGGGGAAAAGUAAUAUAGCC